AUGGAGAAGGUCUCGGAUGCUGCUGCAAAGAUGCUGAGAAGCAGUGCUGGCAAUGUUGCCAUUGCAGAUGCUUCAAUAAUCCCAGUUGGAGAUCCUAACAUUGCAGUGGGAAAAAUGUCGUCCCAGUCGAGCACGUAUGAAGAAAAGGGGAAGUCAAAGAAGGCCAUAGAUGGUUCACUGGCCAAUAGUUAUGCUAAUGGAGACUGCACCCUGACGAAGAAGGAUUUUGAGCCCUGGUGGAUGGUAGAUUUGAAUUCAGCAUUUCAGGUAUCUGCUGUGGUGAUCACAAACAGAGGAGACUGUUGUGAGUCAAGGAUAAAAGGAGCUGAGAUUCUCAUUGGAGAUUCACCACAGAAGGGAGGCACAAUGAAUCCCAGGUGCGCUACAAUCAACAGCAUGGGGCGUGGGGAAACCAUGUCCUUCACCUGUGCAGGGAUGCAGGGCCAGUAUGUGACCAUUACAAUCCCGGGGAGAUACGAGUUCCUCUCACUCUGUGAAGUGCAAGUUCUCGCACACCCAUGGCUCCAUUGCCAGAAGCUCAGACGUGUCAUUUCUUUUGCAGUUCAUGAUGGUGGACGGAGCCCUGUGAGAGACAGCGAAACUGAUUUAGGUCUGCAGGGCAGAGUUCUGAGUUUCCUUAAUGAAUCAAAGGAGAGUUUUGUUGUCAUAUCUCCACUGCAGCCUCUGAAUGUCAUGGAAUUCACACUCUGCAUGAGGGUCUCAGUAGAAGAUUUGAGCGAUCGUAAAAUCAUUCUCUUCUCCUACCGCUCUCAAAAGGAUGAACUGAGAAUCUUGCGUGAGGCAAAGGGCUGCUUUGGCUUACACAUGGGGGGUCAGAGUGUGAUGUUUGCCCUCCCCGAUCUCAGCACUUUGGGAAGUCAUAUGUGUGUCACCUGGGAAGCUGAGUUUGGCCUCACCGCCUUUUGGAUGAAUGGGAAAAGGAGCGUCCGAAAAGUGCACAACGUAGGGCAUAUUGUUCAGUCGGGGGGCACUGCAAUGCUUGGAUGGGAUCAGAGUGCACAAAAUACAUCCGAACAGCAGGAACGGCGUUUUGUGGGGGAAAUAACGGAUCUCUACAUGUGGGAUUAUGUACUGAAAUCUCAAGACAUUCAAGAUGUGUUCCAGGUCCACCAGUUUCCUAGAGGAAACAUCUUUGACUGGAAAAUGAUAUCGUACAAGAUUACGGGGAAUGUGCUGUUCCUUCCCUCCAUUGAGGAGGACACCAUGCUUUUAAGAAGAACCUCCAUAUCUGUGGCAUUUUAUCUCUGCCUGCUGCUUAUGACUCCUCUGCCAACGCUAACUUUCCAAGAAGGAUUCACUUGCCCAGAGAACUGGUUGAAGCGUGAAGGAAACUGUUAUGGCUACUUCGAGGAACCUGUGACCUUUGCCCAGGCUAGGGAGAAAUGCCAAAAGGAACAUCGUGCCGACCUAGUCUCCUUCCAUAGCAGGGAAGAAGUCUGUGCAAUUGCGGAAUUUGUUUCCGGCUUCGAGGACGACAAAGAUGUUUGGAUAGGUCUCCAUGAUCCUGAAAAGGUCAGCAGUGAUGAACGUGUGCAUGACCGCACAUCAAGCGGAUUGCGAGUAAAAUGGUUGCUAUCCUGCAACAAAGAGGACACAAUGGUUCCAAGAAGGACCGUGAAAUACUGCCUUUCGCUGCUGCUUUUGACCAUCCUGCCUUCCCGACCUGCGUUGGAGGUCUCCAAUGUGGCCCUCACAGGAGAAGCUUUACAAUCCAGCACCUACAACCCGCUAGGAGGAGCUAUGAAUGCCAUUGAUGGGUCUUUAGUAGGUGUAUUUACAGAGGGAUCCUGCACCCACACAGAUUAUGAAAGUAAUCCAUGGUGGACGGUAGACUUGCAGGCACAGUACCAAGUAGCCCAUGUAAGCAUCACCAAUCGGGAAGACUGCUGUGCUCACCGUAUUAAUGGGGCUGAAAUCCGAGUUGGGGACUCCACAGAGAGAGGAGGCACCACAAAUCCUAGAUGUGCUACAAUAAGUUCUUUGGAUCCUGGGGAAACACGCAGUUUUUACUGUGAAGCGUCAAAAGGGCAGUUUGUUACAAUUACCCUACCAAGGGGUGGAUACCUCACACUUUGUGAAGUCCAGGUGUUUGGUCAGAAGAUAGAUUCCAGUGCCGGCCAUGAGCCAGAGAACAAGCCACUCACACCAGGAGAACAAGUUAACACUUCUGUUCCCAAUGUGGCUCUUGAAGGGAAAGCAUUUCAGUCCAGUAUCUACAAUGCACUUGGAAACCCUGAGAAUGCCAUUGAUGGGUAUAAAAUUAGUGACUAUAUGCGUGGCCACUGCACACACACACAACUUGAAUUUAAUCCAUGGUGGACAGUGGAUUUGGGAGCAGAGUUUCGUGUGUCCAGGGUUAGCAUCACCAAUCGAGGAGACUGCUGUGUGAGGCGGAUAAAUGGGGCAGAAAUCCGAAUUGGAAGCUCACCAGUAAAAGGAGGAAUCACAAAUCCAUGGUGUGCAACAAUCAGGUCAUUGGCCCCAGGGGCAACAGCCAUUUUUGACUGUGGAGAAUUGCAAGGACGUUAUGUGACUAUCACCAUCCCAGGCAUUCGUAUCCUCUCACUGUGUGAAGUUGAAGUGUUUGGUGAAAAGCUACCUUCCUCGGGAGAUGAAAAAGAGAUCUCAUCUGGAACUACGCAAGAAGCAGAAGUUUCUUCACCAAUUGAACAAUGGGAAAAGCCAAGAGAACCCAAACAGCCAUGGGAAGAAGCAAAAGAGAAGUGGCAACCCUAUACAACGGUCUACAAUGCAGCUCUUGAAGGAAAGGCAUUCCAGUCCAGCAUCUUCAAUGAUCUGGGAUCUGCUGAGCAUGCCAAUGAUGGCUCUACGUCUGCUGACUAUUUGCGUGGACACUGCACUCACACCCAAGAAGAAGCUAAUCCAUGGUGGACAGUGGACCUUAGGGAAAGCUUUGAUGUGUCCAGUGUAGUGAUCACCAAUCGAGGGGACUGUUGUGCGGAAAGGAUAAAUGGCGCUGAAAUUCGAGUUGGGGACUCGGAUGAAGAAGGAGGCAUCAGAAAUCCCAGGUGUGCCACCAUCACUUCACUGAGUUUGGGAGAAACAAAAAAAUAUCACUGUGAAGGAAUGCUGGGACGGUAUGUGACUAUUACCAUUCCAGGCGAAGCCAAAUAUCUCACCCUCUGUGAAGUUCAAGUUUUUGGUCACAGGAGAGCUCCCCCAGUUCUCAAUGUGGCCCUCGAAGGUGAGGCAUCCCAGUCCAGUACCUACAACCAACUAGGAGUUGCAAAGAAUGCCAUUGAUGGGUCCACCUCCACUAACUAUAUGCGUAGAUCAUGCACUCACACGGAUAUAGAGCUGAAUCCAUGGUGGGCGGUGGACUUGAAGGGAGAAUUUGAUGUGUCUAGCAUAAGCAUCACCAAUCGAGAAGACUGUUGUGCAGACCGGCUGGAUGGGGCUGAAAUCCGCAUUGGCAACUCCUUUGAGAAUGGCGGUUCUGCAAAUCCCAGGUGUGCCACUAUCACCUCACUAGGUGCUGGAGAAACCCGCAAUUACAAUUGUGGAGGAUUCAAAGGGCAGUAUGUAACAUUGACCAUUCCAGGCACUCAGUAUCUCACCCUGUGUGAAGUCCAAGUGUUUGGUGUGAAGGUGGAUUCAUCUGGACAUCCAGACAUCCCAUCUGAAAAGGAAGAAGCAUAAUUGAGAAUUACAUUUCAUGGGACAGCAGAAAUUGUGAAACCAAGAGCCCCUACAUUUGUAGAAAGACACCACAAAUUAUCGUUAGUAAGUGCUAACAGGAAGGAACCCUGGUUGGCUGUCUAGAAGAACCUGCACCCAGAGGGAUGUCAACUCCUUCCAUGACUGCUAAACUCACCUGCUACUCAUCUAUAGGCUG